AUGGUGUAUCUUGCAUCGUCAAAGGCCUUACGUGAUGAUUUUAAGCAUACCAUGAUGAGCAAAUUCGAGAUGACAAACCUUGGGUUGCUAAAAUAUUUUUUGAGACUUGAGGUUAUUCAGAUUGAAGAUGGAAUUUUUGUGGAUCAAAAGAAGUAUUCUGUCGAUCUUCUAAAGAGAUUUAACAUGGUGAAUUGUGAAGUUGCAGCCACACCAAUGAAUAUUAAUGAGAAAUUUAUGCAUCAUCCUACGAAACAACAAUUUGGAGCUGCUAAGAGGAUUCUUCGUUAUAUUGCUGGGACGUUGAACUUUGGCAUUUGGUACAGUCAAGCAAAAAAUUUCAGACUUGUUGGCUUCACCGAUAGUGAUUGGGCUGCUUGCAUUGAUGAUUGA